CACGCAGUGGGUUGCUUGCGAGAGAUGAUGCGGCGGCGGCAAGGCCUGAGGGCCUUCCUGCUCGGCCAGCAAGCCGAGGGAGAUGUCGUUCCGUGUCCUUCAACUCCAUAUGCGUCGGCAACAGCGGUUGCUGGGGAGUGUUCGUGGCUGCUGUCGGUGCUGUAUUGCGUCGGGCUGGUUAUGGAUGUCACCGACAUGUGGGGCCACCCAUGGAGCUGCGCGCUCAUGAUGGUCUGGACGCUUCUCUUCGCCUGGACGAGGCAUCCCCUUUUCCUCGUGGCUGCACUCGUUAACGACCUGGCUCACGUGGCACCCUACUGGCCUGACGUCCCCAACCACUCCAACCUGAUUGUGUUCCUGGACGUCAUCAUUCUCAUGUGGCUGCUGUGGGACGUGUCGCUUGCGGUUGUGAGGCACUUUCGGCAUCGCGGCAGCAAGGACGGCCUCAAGAAGGGGUCGAUACGGUCGGGGGACAUCCUCCAGGUCAUCAGCAGCAGCAUGGAGUGCUCCGCCUACCAUCGGAUCAUGCCGCUGCUGCCCUUCCUGUUCUCGGUGCUGUACUGGUUCGCGGGCUUCCACAAGCUCAACUACGACUUCUUCACGCCCCCACAGUCCUGCGUGGCCGACUUCACCAGACGCAUUGCUGGGGGAAUGGGCAUCCAGCACCACCAGUGGCUCGCUGACCUCCUCCGCCCAGACACACAAGCCGCUGCGAUGACGGUCUUGUUCCUCGGCGCGUUCGUCAUUCUGUGGGAGCUGGGGUGUGCCGUGCUCGUGUGGAGCCGUCGGUGGCGUCCCUAUGUGUUGGGCUUCAUCGCCUUCAUGCACAUGAACCUCGCUCUCGCCAAGUUCGUCAACUUCAGCUCGCUUAUCAACGUCUUCAUCUUGGCCUUUUUGGCCAUCUCGCUGCCCCACACGACCCUCGUCAAGGCCUUUAUGGAGGACACAGAGGGCAAGAGCAGGAGAUGGGCCGUGUGGAGCAGGGUGCAUCUGUAUGUGUACGCCAAUCUCCUGGCCUCGUGCAGCUUCUGGCUCAUCCGGCUGGCGCCCGAGGGCAGCAAGAAGAAGCUCAUGUAUGUGCGGCUGAGAGCUGCCGUCUUCAUCGUCAGCACCAUCCACCUCCUGGCCACUCCCCUGUAUCGCGCCAUCGUCCACCACUCACGGCAGCAGCCGAAGACUAAAGCCAAGAGUGAAGACAGCCCGCCCCCUCCCCCAGUGUCUCUGUCAUUCUUCCAAGCGGCCCGUCGGCUCUCGUGUCUCAAUUGGGUGUACGUGUUGCUGAUGGUGCUCUUCUACCUGAUGCCCUACCUCGGCCUACGGACGGCAGGGUGCGCCACGAUGUUCUCCAACCUGCAGAUCGAGUCGGUCGCCUACCCGCCUUACGCCUCGCGCAGCAACCACCUGCUGGUCUCCUCCGACGCACUGAGGCUCUUCAGCUACACCGACGACCUCGUGUACUUCCACAGUUGGCCAUCAGGGAUGAUUGGCCGCAAGACAUGGGGCAAGAUGACAGGGCAGGCAGUGCCACUGGUGGAGGUGCACAAGAUGGUGCGCAAGGCCAUCAUAGAGACCGACCCACGGCUCAACUACGGGCUGCAGUUCGCUGCCAACUUCUCCUACUACCACCACCCCAGCGGUGCUGACGAUGACGACAGCGGUGGGUGGGAGACUCGUUGGGUGAAGGACAUCCGGAAGGAGGAGCUGUUCACGAGUGGGGAGCUGGUCAGCUGGUGGGAGAUGAGGCUGCUCUCGUUCAGACCCAUACCAUUCAACGCGCCCAAGCGAUGCUACUGGUAGACAGAGGAGAGGAGACGGGGGGGAGGGUGGGUCUACCAGAAAGGGUCCAACUGUGCGGAGCGUGCGGCUCAAUCGGCAUGCAGCUCGAACUCGCUGACAGUUGCGGACCAAGAGGCUGGCUGAGGACCGCGCUGAGAACAAUUAGAGGAUAUAUGAGUCGCGGGAGAGUGGCUCAAAGGAAGCCUUCUCUGCGUGGGUGCGUGGCCGGCCGGACGAGUGAUGAGUGGGGGUAUUUGUGCAGUGCAUCGUCUUUUGCUAGUAGCAUUACGGGGUGGUGGUUGUGGGUGUGGUGUGAGCCAUCGGGUGUGCGUUUCGGCCGACGGCAAGUUUUGUGUGUCUGUGGACGUGAUGUGUGGUGUGGUGUGGUGUGGUGUGGUAUAACGCUACUUGUGUCUGUGUGUGUGGUGUCAUCCCCCGAUGCUGUUUGUGCUGUCUGAUG